AUGGCCUCCAAACUAUGGGUUGAUAAGUACCGCCCUCUCACAGUUGACCAACUUGACUACCACAGCACUCUUUCAGCUAUAUUAGAAAGGCUCAGCACUUCAGGAGACCUUCCUCAUCUCCUAUUUUACGGCCCUUCAGGUGCAGGAAAAAAGACGCGCGUUCUUGCUUUAUUAAAUGGAGUAUUUGGCGCAGGUGUCAACAAAGUCAAAUGCGAAGUCCGAAAUUUCAAAGCUGGGACAGUCAACGUCGAAAUUUCGAUCCUUCAAAGCAAUUAUCACAUUGAUAUGACCCCUUCUGAUGUCGCUCAUCGUGAUAAAAUCGUUGUCCAGCAGAUAAUUAAAGAAAUCGGCAGCAGCAAAAAUCCAGACCAAAGAUUUUUUAAAGUGGUCAUUCUGAAUCAAGCUGAUUAUUUAACUGAUGAAGCCCAAGCUGCACUCAGAAGAACUCUUGAAAAAUACACAGCCACAACUCGUGUAAUUUUAAUUUGCAAUUCAUUAUGCAGGGUCAUUGCGCCUUUAAGAAGCAGAUGUUUAAGUAUUAGGGUCCCAGCUCCAUCUGCUGACGAUAUGAGAAAAGUUUUAACUCCCCCCCUCCGUGAGUGAACAAAACCAUUAGAAAAAUCGCUAUUUUUUGCCCAAAAACCCACCCUCCGUGAGUGAACAAAAAUUUUUUUAAUACAAAAAUUUUUUUAUGGAAAAAAAUUUGAUAUAUAAAUGAUAAUUAGUAUAAUGAAAUCUAGAGCUAAUUCUGUUUAAUUUUAAACGAAUUGCGUUUUAAAACAUAAAUUUUAUAAAUUAAAUUAAUAUUUGCUUUCCAAUUUUUGUGAAUUAGGAUUUUUUUUUAAAUUUCGAAAAAAAAAUUUUUUUAUAAAAUUUAUAUAUAAAUUGUUUUAAAAAAAAAAAUUAACCCCCCUCCGUGAGUGAACAAAACUUUUUUGCUCACUCACGGAGGGGGGGGAGUAAGAAAAAUUGCUUCAAGUGAAAAUUUGGAAUUGCCGAUGAGUUUGGAAAAUAAGCUUAUAAAUGCUUCGAAUAGAAAUAUAAGAAGAGCUAUUAUGAUGAUGCAGACAGUUUAUAUACAAAAUUCAAGGCUAAAUCCUGAUGCAAGUGUUCCUAUUCCUGAGUGGGAAAAAUAUCUUAAAGAAAUAGCGACAAAUGUACUGGAUGAACAGACUCCGAAGUCAUUGAAAAUUGUGAGAGGGAAACUUUAUGAGGUUUUAGCUAGCUGUAUACCGCCAACAACGGUUUUUAAUACACUUUGUAAAGAAUUAGUGACAAGAAGUGACGCAGCAAUCAAGACGGUGGUGGUUAGACAUGCAGCUGAUUAUGAACUUCAAAUGAAAAGUGGCAGCAAACCAAUUGUCCAUCUUGAGGCAUUUUUAGCGAGGUUUAUGAGUGUGUAUAAGCAGCAUUCAAAUAGAAUGAAUUAUUAA